CCCCCUCUCGCCUUCUCUCGCUUCCCACCUCGAGAUCCAUCUGCAACGCACGCCUUCGCCAAACUACUGAAUUUUCUCAUCCUCCUCAACCCUGUCCUCUUCCUCACCAAUUUUUCAAAGAGCGGUGUCACAGUUCGCUUAUACAAUACCACCGUUCUUGCGCGCCCACGCUUCACAGGGCCCUUUUCUCUUCUUUCAGAAUGAACAAUCCAGACUUUAAUCCGAAUGGCGGGGGUGACGGUAUAUUGAACCUCAGCUUCGAUCAACAACAGCAACGAAACCGCCAGCUCUACGCUCUUCACCAACAGCAGCAGCAGCAACAACAACAGCAGCAUCAUCACCAUCAUCAUCAACAGCAACAACAGGCAGCAUCACAUCAGCACCAAGCUCACAUCGCCCAAUCUAGUUACAUGUCAGCCGCCCGUAACUGGUCUCUCCCAAUCGACAUGUCCGCUCCCAUCAGCAGCCCUCAGGGCAACUCGAGUUCGCCAGAUGAAAACCAGGCCCAGUCACCGUUAUCACACGCCUCGAGCCCCAACAGCAACAACUCGCCGCUUCAACUCUCGCCCUUCCAGAACGCCAUCCACACAUUGCCUGACUGGACUAUGCAGCAACGCCAGCACCAUAUGGCCGCCGUCGCCGCUGCCGCUCAACAGCAAGAGAACCCUCUCAGCCCUCUAGCCAUCUCGCAAUUUAUGGACCAGCCGCUGAUGAACUUCAACCCCCUGGCUGCCACAAACUUCGCUACGAAUCCUCUGGACUAUCUUCCUCCCACUACCCAGGCGGCUCUGCACAGCGGUCUUCUCGACACAACCUUCACAACCAUGGCCUCGAUAGAACCUACCACGCAGGCUAUGCACUGGAACAAUCCUGGGAUGGAGAACUGGCAGGACUUCCAGAACACAUUGAGUCUGGAUGGCCUCCAAAGACUUGGUAGCGUCGGAAGCAACUCUCCCACUGGAACAUAUCUCGAAGUUCUGUCUCUACCUUCAUCCGCUGGUGAAGGCUGGGCUAUGGUAGACUGGUCCCGCCCUGACCAAUUCACCAACAACCAAAACACCGCCAUUUUCAACCCUUCACAAACGCUACACCUACGCACCAACUCAGACUCCUCAGAAGGUGCCAAUUCGUUGGACUUUGGCAACUUCGAAGAGAUUCCCCCAUUCCCUUACUCCCCCUUCUCCCCCGACUCAGAUGGCCAUGGCGAUGUCACCACCAGCCAUCGCAACUCCUUUGCUGGCGAUGGCCUUGCCCAUGCUCAUGAGACAUUGACCAACGCUGCUGCCGCCGGCACGGUUGCCAUCAAGACAGAAGCCGCUGCUAGCAUUAAGAUGGAAUUUCCCAACGCCCCUACUAUCAAGUCUGAAUUCCCUCCUCGCCACAGCCCAGGCAGUGGCAGCGGUGCUGGCUCAUCGUCAUCAUCACCUUCGUCGGCAGCUUCGUCUCGCCGCAACUCUGGCCCUCGCAAGAGCCCUAUUGCCAAGGCUCCCAAGACCAUUGCCCCCAAGGCUGUCGCCCGCCGUACUUCCAACAGCAAGAAGGAUGGCACUGGUGAGAAGAAGGUUGGCCGCAGAAAGGGUCCUCUUUUGCCUGAGCAGCGCAAGCAAGCCAGUGAAAUCAGAAAGCUAAGAGCUUGUCUCCGCUGCAAGUUCCUCAAGAAGACUUGUGACAAGGGUGAGCCUUGUGCUGGCUGCCAGCCUUCUCACGCCCGUCUCUGGCAAGUCCCUUGCACUCGCAUUGAUAUCAAGGAUAUUGGUUACUUCUUGAAGGACUGGCGAGCCGACCAAGACCGCCACAUUGGCCCUGGUGUUCCUUCUUACACUAUCACUGGCUUCUCACAGAAGGAGACCUUGAUGUGGGUCACCCAUGGCUAUGGCUUUGCCUUGCCUGUCAUGGUCCGCGAGGUCUUUGUCGCUGAUGAAGAUGCUUUUGUUGCUGAGUGGGCUGAGAGUGGUAUCGAUGGCCGCACCGUCAUCCCUUACGCCGUCAAGGCUGACAGACUUGAUGUUGGCUCUGAAGGUGUCCGUCUCGAAGCUCUCGCUGAGUACUUGGAUAGCCACAUUGAUGGCCCCUUUGAGGACUUCAUUGACGACCAUUUUGAGGGCACUCCCUUCAUUACUGAGAUUCUCAAGACCGCUCACCGAUACUACGUCAAGGAGAAGAUGCCCAUUAUCCGCAAGGCUCUCAAGCUUGUAUUGGCAUACAACCUCACCAUGCAAAUCACCAUGGUUGAGAACGGUGGCUCCGAGAACCACAUGCAUGGCCGCGUCGAACAAGAGACAUCCCGACAGUACGGUAAAACUGUCGCUCCUGUCAUGGUCAACUACCAGAUCAAGUGCGCCCUCGCUGAGAUGUGGCGUGAGCUUCAGAAGGACAUUCUCGAGGAAUUGUCCGCUCUCUACAGUGGUGUUUACAGCGGAGAGAAGAUGAAGAACUGGCCAACCAUCUUCAUGCUCGCCUCCAUUCUCCUCGCCGUUUGGGAGGAGAUGCAGUUCGACUGCCACUACCGUGUGCCCGACCCUGCCGCUGUCAACAAGUUCUGCACCGAUAUGGAGACCACUCCCGUUGGUGUCAUUGUUGGCCUUUUCCAUGCCAUCUCUCAGAAGCUUCCCGCCUUUGCUGACUGGGAUACUGCCCAGCACGGCCACAUCCUGCACAACAACGUUGCCGUCUGCGAGGCCAUGACUGAAGUUAGACAGCACGUCGAGAAGCACGAUGCCUACCUGCGAACUCGCAAGGAAACCCAGUUUGAUGCUAGCGACUUUGACUCUUUGUCCAACAAGUUUUUGUCGAAGCUCAUCAUCAAGGCCAACUGAGCCAAGGCCGAACAGCUCAACCUCUCAACUUUUUCUUUUUGUUUUUUAUCCCCUUUGUCAUAACGAUGAGCGUUUUGAAUUUUGAACCGCGUCAGCGACCUCACGAAUACGGGUGGCCAGCACUAGCGGCCUUACCAGAUGCCAUGGACACGUCGGAUCUGAAGAGCAUAACGAUAAGCUCUCACAGACAUUCCUAAUGGACGACGAUGAAAUGACACUUUAUCAUGUAUGAUUUGAAGUACCAAAAAGCAUUUUCUAUUCUAUCUACAGACGCAAGUCUGCUUUUUCUUGGACACUCAAGGAAGACACGACACAUACAUGGGUGGUACGCAUGUUGAUGAAAGCGAUUUGCUAUUUUCUUUGAUCUUAUCGAGCCGGAUUUACGUAUGAUGUUGCAUAUGCUUUUAUGGGAUCAUGUAUUUGAAAUAUUUUUUAUGGAUGGAUGAAUUUUGGAUGAAGCAAUGUUAGAAUCGAUGCAUCAAUUGGAGUCAUGAAUUCACCGCUACAAUUUUCUCAAAGUGUGACGCCUCAGACUGGCCACAGUGGCGUCAAUGUCUAGGAGAAAAAAAGCAACGAGGUUGGGCAGGAUACUUUCAGGAUAGACUUAUACCAAUAAUAUUCAUUGUUUACCUGCACGAAUCAUAUCUCAAGCGAACUGGCUAUAGAAGAACGGAAAUAUGUUUGCAGAACAACUGAGUGACAUACCAGAUGUCUUACUCAGUCCGCUUCGUCUCACUGGCCUGGGUUGAGUUUAUAGAGGCCCCGUUCUGAUGUAUUUUAGGCACAGGUCCCAGGGCCAGUCCACUCUUUGGCCCCACCAGUGACAACACAGCGCGGGGAAAGCUCGAUCGCGUUAUUUUGGAGAAUCAGAGAGGAAUGGCCUGAGGGGAGCGAUAAGGGCUAAAAGAAGCGUCAUUGUUGUCUUUUGUUUGUGUGAAGGGAGAUAUCUGGUUGGGGUCGAUGUUUUUACUGCUUUGGCGCGGACAUUCGGUGUGGCACAGCCCCUGGGCGCCCUGACAUUGCCCUGGCAGUGUUCGCAGCUGGC